CACUGGCUGCUCCUGUGUCGUUCGGUUGGAAAUUGGGCAGCCUCCCUCCCUCCCGGUCGGUGUGUGUGCGCUCAUCAGAGGUACGUCUGGGCCUAGCGCACUGGCGAGAAGUGGAAACAUCAGUUAAAAUGGAAAUUCCACCAACUUAUGCAGAUCUUGGAAAAGCAGCCAGAGAUGUUUUUACCAAAGGUUAUGGAUUUGGUCUAAUAAAACUUGACUUGAAAACAAAGUCAGAAAAUGGAUUGGAAUUCACAAGCUCAGGUGCUGCCAACAUGGAUACAGGAAAAGUCACCGGGAGUCUGGAAACAAGGUUCAAGUGGGUGGAUUAUGGACUGACAUUCACUGAAAAAUGGAACACUGAUAAUACUUUGGGAACUGAAAUUACCAUUGAAGAUCAGCUUGUGCAAGGCUUGAAGAUUGGAUUUGACUCUUCAUUUUCACCAAAUACUGGAAAGAAAAGUGGAAAAAUCAGAACUGGUUACAAGAGGCAACACAUCAACCUGGGACUCGAUGUUGACUUUGACAUUGCUGGGCCUGCUAUACGUGGAGCCUUUGUGUUUGGUUUUGAUGGCUGGUUAGCAGGAUAUCAGAUGACCUAUGAAACUGCAAAAUCUAGAGUCUCGCAAAGUAACUUUGCUGUUGGUUACAGGACAGAAGAAUUCCAGCUCCACACAAAUGUGAAUGACGGUACGGAAUUUGGAGGCUCUAUUUAUCAAAAAGUCAGCGAAAAACUUGAAACUGGCAUCAGUCUAGCUUGGACAGCUGGGAACAGCAACACUCGAUUUGGUAUUGCAGCAAAAUACAUGAUUGAUGAUGAUGCAACAUGCUCGAUUAAAGUGAACAAUUCGAGUCUCAUUGGACUUGGAUACUCUCAAAUGCUGAAACCAGGCAUUAAGUUAACCCUUUCAGCUCUGCUGGAUGGCAAGAAUAUUAAUGCUGGUGGACAUAAACUUGGUCUUGGAUUUGAGUUUGAAGCAUAAUCCUGGAAAUGGGAGAAACCUACAAUCAGUAAAUCCCAAAUAUUUUCCACAGUAGUGACCCGAAGAAUCUGCUGUUCACACUUUUUUUUGUUGAGCCAGGUGUCCAAACAAUGUUGUAAAACCGAAUUGUGUUCUCCAGACAUUAUCCUUUGAAGAACAGAAUACGUUACCAAAACAUGUCAUUAUGACUAUUUAUUGUAUCCCUUAGCUACUUGAAAUUCACCUGUACAUGUCUUUUUUUUCCCCUGGUGAAGACUGGUUGUAUGUGGCGUAAAAACAAAUUACACACUUUAUUGCUGUUGGUUGAAAUUGUGGUUCCCUCCAUGCACCAGCUGUAAAAGUUGAUGCAGCAAAGACAUGUGGAGAGAUUUGUAUGUUUCCAGCUGGUAUUUGUGAUGGUUGGGCUUAAUGGAAAGUUUAAAAAAACGCAAACACACAAAAGAAAUUUAGUGUACAGUCUUCUUGACAAAUUGCCUGUUGUGCAGCUCUUUGCUUGAAAUAAUAAAUAACUGUCUUCCAUGUUCUGGGCCUGAGCUUAAAGGAAAUUAUGUAAUCUAAUUUGACCAGUUUUAUCAAUUCUGAAUAGAGACACACAAACACUACUUCUGGUCAUCAUACUGAAGUCUACAAAAAAAAACACUACAACAGUUAAUCUUCAGUGUGCAAAAGAAAUGGUGGAGGACUCAUUUACACACACCAGCUAUUUUAAUUUAGCUUGAAUAUAUCUUAAUUUUCUGGAUGUCUUAAACACUGGCUCCAAAAUUCCUCAGUCCUGCAGAAAUGGACUGGGCAGCAGUGUCUUCCAUCGCAAUCUGCCCUUUGUAUACAGUAUCAGAGCAAAGUCAGUAUGCCAAUAUAGGUACUGCAUUGGAACUUCCCAAGGUGAAAUAGCAAAAGCAACACUGAGAAGUCAGAUAUUGGCACAUAAAUUUAUUUCUGUGCUAAUCAGCUUUUACAAGAGCCUAUAUUGAUUAUACCUCUGGCUUGAGAGUGAUAUUGCCAACUAAUCAAUGGAUCUGUGUCAAGCUAUUUAGACACCAAAACUGAGGGAAUUCCUGUUUGCAUUCCUAAAUACAGAGGUCAUGGUGGAAGUUCUACCUGCUAACAGCUUUUAUAAAUUUGAUGCAAAUUGUACUGUACAUAACUUGCAUCAUAAGAUUGUUAUUCAAAAGAUUUUGCUCCAUGCACUACUAUUAGUUCAUUUUACUUCGAGAAAAACCAGUUCAGGGCAUUCUGGCGUUAUCAUUAAAUUAAUUUAUCUGUUCCUUCAUUUGGAGUUGAAAUAUUUACAAAAGUAUAAUCUGUAUUCAAAUAUUUUUAUAGACAUGACAAUGUGAAGAGUAGUAAUGAAUUCACAUUCAAGUGCAUCUACAUUGCAUUUUAGCAGAAGCAAUUCUUUUAAUUGGUACUUUUAAAACAAAAUCUUACUUUUGCUGCUCAUGUCACUGAUGCAACGUGUGUUGAUUGCUCAUUUGUGCUCCAUCAGGUGUACAAUUGUAUAACUUACUGAAUUUUAUUGUGACAUCUCUUUGUACUUGAGUAUUGAUUAACUUUAAAUUCAUUACACUUUUUCUGAAAGAAAGUAUUAGUUAUGCAAAAGUGUUUUCAGUGGCUGACCUAAACAAUUUAGUAACACUCGACUCGAUUUGGAUGUUAAGAUUGUAUGUAUAGUUCUUGAAGGGUUUUCUUUAAAAUAGGCAACUACAAUUCAAAACUUGCUUUGAUAUGUUAACUUACUUUCUUUUGCAGCACUGUUUGUAAAAACAAAGUCAAUUUUCAUAGUAAAACCAUUUAAAAAGGCAAGCAGUCUUCGUAUCAAAACCAUUUUAAGUUACCACACCAUCCCCAUUGCAGUGCACAAUAUCGAGGCAAAGAAUCAAUUAUUCCUGCCCGGAAGUCUUAAACUUGUUCAUGUUCUUUUGGUAGAAUUAUGAUAAUUUUUCAGGCUUUGAAUUUCUGCAGUAAUAUAAAACCAAAGGGAUAGUGGAGUUAAAGUAAAGUUUAAAAAUUAUUUUGCAAGUACUUGGCAGUACAAAUAAUGUGAUAUGAAAAUUCUUUCUUCCCAGCAGGUAGUUUUUCUUCCCAAGGUACGGGUGAUAGAUUUCAAUUCAUCUGCAGAUUUAGCUUAUUGAAUUAUUAUUUUUCAAUAUGUACAUUAUUGGCCAAUAACUAUAUUUUAGUUUUAUAUUCAUGAUUGAUCUAUUAGCGACUUUUCCCACUCAAGUGUUGUUAGUUCCAAAUAUUGUAAGAAAAGCAUCUACAAGAAAUCUGAAAUAAAUUAGAAAAUGCUGCAAAAUCUUAAAUUGCACUGCAGAAAAAACGGCCGUACGUAGGAGCUACAUGAGUCUUCAUCAGAACCAGUUCAUGUGCUGCCUGAACUAUUAAGUAUUUUCAACAUUUUCUGCUUUUAUUCAAAAUGAAGUUAGCAUAAGCCUAGUUAAAGCAACAUGGGUAUAUACAUUAUAAUUUCAUAAAUCAGAAACACUUUGAUUUUUUUUAACAUUUUUGACAUCUUACAGAAGAUUACGAAAUGAACAUUUUUACAAUUAGGCCAAAUUAGACUAAGGUCUGAGCAAAUUAAAGUAAUUAUCCCAAAAGAUGACUUGCUUAGCUUUUCCUCACAAAUUCCUUAGAUGCUAUUCAGAUUCAAGAAUUGGUAUUUUUCUGUUGCUGUACUCCGUGAUUGAUGGUACCUGGUACAUAUGCCACCCCUUUCCAAAAUUACAUUUUCAGUUUGUUGCCCACAGCUUUGAGUAGUUUUUUUUUAAAACAUGUAUUUCCCAAUUAAACCCAAACUUUUCUCUCAAAAUACAUUCUUAUUUUUGUUUCUAAUGGUGCAACUUGAUAGGUCAUUUCAUACUUUUUUUUAAACUAACUAGAAGUUUAGUUUAAAAGAAAAACUUGAAGUCAGAUGCAAAAUCUGUAUUGAGCACCUCCUACACUACCUUUGUUUCCUGUUUCUGCUUUCACAAAUCCCUGUGACAUUGUACUUUGAUAAAUCCUUUGUUACUUCUGUAUUAUUCUGUGCAUUGUUAAUUCUUGUACAAAGCCUAUCUAAUGAGUCAGUAUCUAGUUAUACUUAAGUGUGAUAGGCUUAAGCUUGUCUUGAUCCACAAAUGGGUGCGGUUCUCUAGUUUACCGGUUACAGAUUUGCUUUGCCUUAUUUCACAUUAGUUUUGCAAAGAAAAAUUUGUGCUAUGAAUUAUAUAUUAGUGUUAUUAGCCAACACAGCAAUGUGUGUACUUAUUGUGGGAGUUCUGCAGUGUUUGUCUACAGUACCUCUGGGAGGAUGCUAUGCAAAUAUUGGCUCCUCUGUUAAUACUGAUUGUAGACUACUGAAAUAUCUCAUCUUUGUACAAUUUUUUUUUGUAAAAACCUGGGGAAUAGACAGCAAGGUAUGGCUGAAUCAUCGGCUUCUACAUAAUAUCUACAUAAUCCUGAUGUUCUGGCAAUUGUAUUUGUGAAAAGGUUUCAAUUCUAAUGCAAAGGUACAACUAAAAGUUGUAACGGGAAUGUUAUCUUUGUUAAAAAUUUCUGAUGCACAACUACUAACGUGGAAAAUACAAUAAAUUUUCUUUUGUGUGCUGUAAA